UGCCGGCCCGAGCGAGGCUUCGCGAUCGCUGACGUACGCCGAACGCCGCCGUGACGCCGAAAACGGCAAAUCGCCGUCAGUCUCGCAAUGGCGUUAGUAGGAGUUAGUUGUGUGUUCGUUUAGUUUAACAUCAACCCGAGCGGACACCGGCCCAAAAUAUUGGCCUGUCUACUCCUGCUCGAAUUACUCGAAAACACUUCUUGUAAUUCUUUUACGCAACUUAGGGACGUAUACAUCGCCACGGACAGUCAAAUUUUGGUACGAUAUCCACUCAGGGCGAAUCAUUUCAAGAUCAUGUACAUCUCAUCGUAGUUCCUCAUCGUUUUAAGUGUUUUGUGUUGUGUUGUGAACUUAGUGUGACAGUGUUGUGUUUGUGAUGGAUCCUGGAUCGCCUUCGCUGUUGUGGCCGCUGCGUAUGAGCAAGCCGGCCGUAACACCGGUAACGUCGAGCGGGGAACAUAGCAAGGCGGAGGAUAGAUCGCAGUCGCCGGUCCUAGCGGAGCGGUUGACGGUAGCGCCCUCACCCACCAGCCCGGCGCCUAGCAGUCCUGCACCCCCUCAACACCACUUCCAAGCGGCUCUCGUAGCUGAAAAAUACCUCUUACUGGAACAAGUGGAAGGGUCAUCCUUAUGCCGAUGUGUGGACGUGCGCACACAAGAGGAAUAUGUUUGUAAAGUGGUGUCGAGAGAUUGUAGCAGCUUACUUCAAGCCCACUACCGCCUCGAUGGGCACCCGCACGUCAAUCCAAUACAUGAAGUUCUAGUCGGCGAUAAGAGGGUGUACCUAAUCUUUCCAAGAUCGCAUUCCGACCUACACUCGUAUGUGAGAGCGCGGAAAAGGCUACGGGAGCAUGAAGCUCGAAGAUUGUUCAGGCAAAUGGCUGAAACCGUUGCAGCUUGUCACGAACAAGGCAUCGUGUUACGGGAUCUCAAAUUGAGAAAAUUCGUUUUCGCGGAUCCACAGAGAACGACGUUAAAAUUAGAAUCGUUGGAAGAUGCUGUUGUACUCGAUGAUCCAGAAGAAGAUCUCCUCCAAGAUAAACGCGGGUGUCCAGCUUACGUGUCUCCAGAAAUUCUGAGAGCUCAUCGGACGUACUCAGGAAGAGCAGCAGACAUGUGGUCCCUCGGCGUCAUACUGUACACGAUGCUUGUUGGAAGAUAUCCAUUCAAUGAUUCAGAGCACGCGUCAUUAUUUGCAAAAAUAUCACGGGGUUACUUCGUAGUGCCCGAAUGCCUAUCAUCACGGGGAAAAUGCUUGAUACGUUCUCUGUUACGGCGGGAAGCAUGCGAGCGUCUGAGCGCGAGGGAUGUCCUCAGACACCCUUGGCUCGCAAGAGACCCUAGGAACGAGCUACCGCCCCGUGCCGCCGCCUCGCAUGAUCGACUCGUGCCAGAUAUCGACAUGGAGGAAGAUUGUAUCUAGUUCUCAAGCAGUUAAUUCGAAGAGCAGCUCAUAACCGGUGCUGGCAUCGGUAGGGGAAACAUAGUUUCAUUAUCACAUUUAAUGCAAUAGUCUGUCCAGGCGCAUCGUUCGUACUGAUCAUUUCAAUAUGUUCCAUAUAAAGAUGUAAGCAGUAUCAACGCGCGUAAUGGACGUUCGUUGUGAUUCAAAUAUAUUUAUGAAUUUAUUAUAAGUUAUUCCGGCCUAUGUCCGCUGUAAGGUUGCGGUUGCGCUCACUGAAAUAGUCUAUUACAAAAGUCGAUUUCAAUACCACGUGUUCAAUAUUAUUUCAGUAGUAGUACCCGAAGCCAAAUGAAGGUCUCUGUGGAGAUUUUGUUUUAGUGAUUAAGGCCCAAGUGGGAUCAGUUGGUGGGGGCGGCUGGCCCGCGCCCCGCCGCACUCUAAUUUAUAAUCUAGAAGCUCGAAAUCUGCAAUAAGAAUCGCAUAAUUCAACAACAGCGCAAACAAACGCUGCUCCAACGAAAUUACAGUUUUAUGCGGGUUUUAUUGGCGGUAUUUUGUUUAAGCUUUUACGAGCUGUGGUGUAGUCAUAAUGUUUGUAAUGACAGAAAGUGAGACUGAUAUCGCGUUCUUGUGAUCUUUGGAAGCGUAGCGACGAGCCUCUUCUCGUCGAGCAUGUAGAUCGAUUCGGGCUUUGAGACAGAUCGUUUGGUGUCCGCCAUAUGCCGGGACGUACAAAUGUUUAUUUCAUUGUCCGAAACUGUCCGUGUCGAAUUAUUUAUAUGAAGCAUUAUGUUAACUAUUACGUUAAAUCCUCUUAAGCCUAAUGUAACCAUAUCAAUUUCACAACAGUAUAGAUUAAUUACUAUAUUGCAUUGAAAUUGUUGCUGUACGCUGUAGCCUUAGGUAAAUUACCUAUGUAAAUGUAUAUUUUAUAUUUAUAUGAAAGUAAACUUAUAAUUCAUGUAAUUGUGAUCUCCACCGAUGUUAUUUAGCGAUUAUUAGAUUGCCAUUAUGUUGUUACGCAGAAGUGAUAGUUCUUUUGUUGCACAACGUUCGUUUGCUUCCAUCAUAGAGUUAUUUUUGAUUAUAUUAUUUGGUUAUAUUAAAUCGUGAUUAUUUGAAAAAUCGACAGUUAACUAAAUUAUUAUUAUGUUAUUUCAUGUAUCAAUCAGAAAUUAUGUUUGAAAAAAUAUUUUUACACACACAUCACCAUGUACCGAUAAUGGUCGUAGAAUUUGGUCUGUGCCAUUUAUUUAAUUUAAACGUAAUAAUUUAUUUGUUGUUGAUAAUAAUAAUAGACGGUAUGAAGGCGGCACUUCUUCCUAUAAACUAAAUUAUUUUCCCAUUUGGUACUUGGUGUUGAGUUUUAUUGUGAUUGAAAUUUUGAGAUCAAUUUUCGUUUUCAUUAUUCUUUUCUAUUUUUUUUUCCAAAUUAUAAAUCAAUAAUGUUACCAUAUCUAAAUUGUUCUUUUUUACUAAUUGUUUUUGAAUUAUUUUGUUUACAUAUUAUUUAUGCCGGGGUUGUUCAAUUUCAUUUCAUUGAAAACAAUCGCGAGCGUCGGCGGUGAGUGAGAGCGUGUUACGUCACUUCCGUAUACCGCUAAGCUCGAAAUAGAAAUGCAUUUGAACUCCGAUGGUAAUGGCCCCCUUAAAUCUUUAAAUAGUCAAGACUUUCAGUGAUAAAAGCGUGUUGUACAAUAGUAGCCUAUCUGUAAAAUAUUACUAUGUUAAUUUAUACAAACUGUAAAUAGUGCUAAGGUACCCUAAGAAGAGAAAAGAUGAUAAAGGGAAUAAAAAUAAUUUAGAAAAAUU